GUACGUUUGUUUCCAGAAUCCCUCCUCUCCGCAAGAAACGACUCUGGUCAUUAAAUCAAACGAGCCAAAACCUACACGGACUUCACAUCAAACUGAAAGAUACAUACAGUGUGUGUCUCCCGUUUUCUGUUUAAUCUGAGCUGCGUGCUGCACAAGGGUCCCUGUGCACACAGUGUGGAUGGUGGAUAGGCUGUGUGUAGAAACUGUGGCCCAGCAAUCCUGCUGUCAGAGCAUAACGCCUAAACAUGGUGAGGCUGGAGCUGGAUCAGGUGGUGAUGAGGAGGAUGAAGGAGGACGACAUAGAGGCAGUCAAGGCCCUCAUCAAGGAGGGCUGUGAGGGAACAGAAAACCGUCUCAUCCUGCACAUCCUCACACGCCCGCUCUGCCUCUUCAUCCUGGCUGUUUUCUCCUCAAUCCUGCGCUGCCUUGUCCAUUCCUUUAUCCUGGCUCUUGCUAUUCCUGUCUUCCUGCUAAUUGUCUUUCUCAAGAUCACCAUGCCGCGGUCCACAGGGGUUCUGGGCAGCAGCCGACCCUCCUGGGACUACGUGGGAAGCAGCUACAGAGGGACGCAGGAUGAGACUCUGCAGAAUCCCUAUUGUAGGAUCAGUGGCAAGACACCAGUGACUAAGAGGCCCAGACGCAGAAUUGGACCCAAAGAAAAGGACAAAGAGAUGUCAACAGAGACGAUCACCCCAGAGAGGGAACAGGCAGCGGGGCAGGUCUGGGUGGCGGACUGCGAGAGUGACAUCAUCGGCUGCAUCUUCCGGGAAAGCGAGAAUCGAGCAGGCAUCGGGAGGAUCUGCAGGUGUGUGACGGGCAGCUGGUACCGCAGGGAGGGCCUGGGCCGGCUGCUUGUUCAGAGUCUGGAGCAGAGAGAGAGGGAGAGUGGCGCUCACAGAGUGUACGCACAUGUCCCCUACCCUUCCAAGGUGGGGGAGGUCUUCUUCAGGAAGCUGGGCUAUCGGCAAUAUGGGGAGGGGUCUGAUGAAGAAGACGAUGAGGAGAUGAAGCUGGAGACUCCAGAGAGAGGCUUUCUGGGAUACCCCCUCACUAAGGUGUUUUUCAAAGACCUGUGACUGAGUGGUGAUGGACUGGAGAGGAAAGAGAGGCACUGAGCCCAGAAAUGGCUAAAGGUGAAGAAGACUGUGGAUCUUUGCUGAAGGUGAUUGUGUCAUUGCUGCAACAUGUUUGGAUAUUCAAUUAAGUUCAUAAUUUAUUGAAUGUUUGCAUUAUUUAUGCCAGUAUUUAUUUACUUUAUGUGUUGCGGUUCUGUUUUUAAGUGUAUUUUUACCUUUUCAUUAAAUGAAUGAUACUUUCUGAUGAUUCAAAAAUGACAUCAUGAAGCCUGAGUCAUGCUGUUUGUCUCAUCCUUUGUAAUGAAAUAAAUAUUUAUGUACAAUG